CAUCCGAGGGAGUUAAGGUUAGUUUCACCUUCGCCAGAGCCUCUUUGUGCAGAGUCCCGGCUGGAGAGGAAGCUUGCACUGACCAAGGCUGCUCACCAGAAGAGAGCCUGGGAUGGCAGCCCCGACCGUGGUGACGAUCCAGCCGCAGUACGGCGCGCCCGUGUCCUCCGUGUCCAGGUGCACGUGGCAGACGGGCCUGAUGGACUGCUGCUCCGACUGCGGCGUCUGCUGCUGCGGGAUGUUCUGCUUCCCGUGCCUGGCGUGCCAGGUGGCCGGGGACAUGAACGAGUGCUGCCUGUGCGGGACCAGCGUGGCCAUGAGGACCCUGUACCGCACCAGAUACAACAUCCCGGGGUCCAUUUGCUCUGACUUCUGUGUCACCAUGUGGUGCACCAUGUGCUCUGUUUGCCAAAUAAAGAGAGACAUCAACCGCAGGAGGGAGCUCGGCAUAUUCUGAUGCUGCCAUCCUCGCUGCAUCCUUGGAACUGCUGCAGGCAGGAGUCACUGCUGCCCUGGCUCUUGGAAAUGCACCAUCUGGGGCUUGCCUCGAUGACAUUUAAUGAUUUUUCCCUAUUAACUGCAGAAAUAAAGUUUUGAAUUUGUCUUCCUA